UUCAUAUUCUUAUUUUAAUGAAUCGAUAUUAUAAACAAAUCCCUCAUCAAUCUCUGAAUCUCUACACGUGAUUGCCCAAGAUUUGCAAUUCAUCCAUUGUCACCGCGCCUUUCUGCAAAUUCAAACUCAUUCUUCACUUACCGCCUAACCCUAAUCGCCAUUCAUUCAUGUUUUAGAUAACUCAAGCUUGAUGUUCAUAAUCUGAGCUUUAUGUACCGUAAUGGAUUGUAGUGGAGAGAGAUCUGAAUUUAAGAAGAUGAAUUAUGAAGAAUUUGAAGAAGAAAGAACAAAACCCUGCAAUCUCGCAUCCGAAGGGGAAUUCACAAGCAACAUUCCUUCAACUCUUGACCUCAAUCCGAAAUCCAACCAUUUACAAGCCGCAAAUGAGCCAUGCUUCUUAGGGAAGACAAAAGAGACUGAACCCACAAAUUCUUUUGGGAAACAAACAAGUUUCGGUCUUGAUCUCAACUCACAAGAUGUUUCAAGUUGCAUUGAUCAUGACCCCUUUCACGAUGCUUUAUCUGAGUGUGGAAGCACUUGUGGCUCCGCCGGAGAUAAAGACUCCAUGAGAAUUUGGAAGCAAAUGAAACAAAAUGGGUUCCUAUCGUCAUCUCAUGGUGGUGUGUUGGUGCCACCAAUGCCAAAACCCCGUGGGAGAAAAAAGGGAAACGCAUCUGUGAUCAAGAAAAAGAUAGAGAUGGCCAAGAGAGAACAAGUCAGCAGAUUUGCAAAAGUUGCUGCUCCUAGCGGACUUCUGAACGAAUUGAAUCCUGGGAUUAUAAACCAUGUGAGAAACAGAAGGCAGGUUCAUUCUAUAAUCGAGAAUCUUGUGAGAUCUGCAAGAAACAAGAAGAAAAAUAGCGAACACAAGCGUGAUGAUGGGACUGUAAAUCAUAUGUCUAGAAGCUUUUGUUCGUCAGGUGGAGUUACUGGAGACGAUGAUUCAAGUUUGAUGGAUAGACAAGUGUUUGCUAGAAGUAAAACUAGUUAUCAUCCUGCGAACCCCAACAAAGAAUGUGAGGAUGAUGGACUUGAGCUGAAACUUUCAUCGGCUUCGACCAUGGCAUCAGAGAAUAUGAGCUCCUUGUCAAAUGAGGAGCCAUCAAAUAUCUCGACUGUUGAUUCGCUUUCCAUUAAAGCUGCAAGUGUAGCGUCUCAGUGGUUAGAACUUAUUCACCAGGACAUCAAAGGCCGUCUUGCAGCAUUAAGGCGUAGCAAGAAAAGGGUUCGAGCAGUAACUCAAACGGAGCUACCUUUCUUGAUAUCUUGUGAUCAAGAAAACGAUCCUUCUAACAGAGCAAACAACGAUAUGCAUAAAUUCAAAUGGACAGCCCUUUUUCAUCAGAUGGAUAAAUCUCUUUCUGAAGAAGAGAAACAUCUGGAAGACUCAUUGAAUCAAGUGAGGGAAAUGUUAUUGCAUUGUGAACAUGGUCUCCUUCAGUUUCCUCCACCAAAUGGGGUUGCUGUACAAAGUAAACAAAUAUUUCAGAAAGCAGAACCGGUCCUAGACAAGGGUUUAGCAGUACGUGCGGCUGCUGCUGCUAUUUAUUCGACAUCUAAUUUUCUGCAAUCUGCAGAAAACUUACCCUGUUUUUGAUCUUUUUUGUCGAGUUAGCAUAGUUACUGUAACAAUUCUAACUUCAAUUAUACCUGCUGCAUGCUAGGGCCCAUGUCAUUUAUUUUGAAUCUGGUUUCUUUAGUACAUUUAGAAGCUGAAUUUUUGUAUCUGUACUGUUCAGCCUUUUGGUUUCUGUUAAGAACUUGUUCAUGAAAUCUUGUUAAGAGUUUGUAAUAAUAGCAACCA